AUGGCGGUCGUUACCCACGACAUCGCCCCCGAUGGAGACCUCUAUAUUGUCCUAGAGAAAGCCAACACGAUGCGUACUACUCCAACCGUCGACAUCCGUUACGUGAGCGUUGAUUCUGCCGAGUUCACCUCUGAUCCUGCGAAUGUGAAAGACCCAAAGACAUCAUCUGGGCUUGAGCUCCCCGAUGUUCCAGAUGGGGAUAACUUGGAGUGUCGAUUUCGAGUCUCAUCUCACCAUUUGACAUUCGCCUCUCCGAUCUUCAAAACGAUGCUCACUGGUCCCUGGAAGGAAUCGGCGCCAGCUGGAGCGAAUGUCGCUGAGACAACACCUACCAGUAAGGCUCAGACUAAGGACGGAGCUCUCUCAGAGACCUCAGAAGAUGCCCUCCGAAGUUCCUCCGUGCGUGAGAUCUCGACAGAAGGUUGGGAUGUCCACGCCUUCAUCACAGUACUCAGAAUCAUCCAUGGUCUCAAUCACCAAGUGCCGGAAGCCGUCAGUCUCAGCUUCUUUAUGGACGUUGCUGUCAUUGCCGACUAUUAUCAAUGCACCGAGGCUGUGUCUACUGUUGCGAAGCUUUGGAAACCGCCAUUCUUCGAGCUUGUCCUUCGGGGAAAGGUAUCGAUCAUGUGGUUAUGGAUUGCUUGGGUUUUUUCUUGGCCUUCCGAGUUCAAGAGAGCAGCUUAUGGGCACUUGCGGUGUAGCCAAGGUCUAGAGCUUGUGGAUACUCAUGACCUCCCAAUUGCUAUGAUUCUUGAAAAGCUGGCGAAGAAGAGGGAGUGGUCUUUGGAGACUUUCUCUGCCAAACUCGAUACACUGCGAGCGGAUCACCUGGAAUUAGGCGCGGGCUGUGAUCCUAGAUGCAGGGAGAUAUUGCUCGGUGCAAUUCAGGCGGGCGAAUACAAGAUGAACAAUAAGCUUGUGGUUUCUGGCCCACCGUACCAUUGGAUCUCCAUUGAGGAGAUUAAUGAUAUCUGGGAGGACAUUGAUUCAGCGGAUUGCCGUGAUCGUUGGGACAUAAAGCGAGGUUUGCCUCGUCCCUGCGGUCUCAAGAAGUCAAUGAAGCCAACUUUCGAUGAGAUCGUCGCUGAGUUCAGCAACAUCAACAUCGCUGACUUUCAAGCUAAGAAGGUCUGA